AACAUUACAGACGCGCAUCCCAGCUGUUUCUCGUUGCUAAAAUUCCGCGCAGGCUGCUCUCCAACGAUUUCCACACAGGACAGUGAUGCAAACAAGCCCACUGGAUAAUACGGGGAUCCCCGUGCGGUUGUUUUGGUUAUAAAACACCCCCCGACCUUCUGCGUCCACGAUGCGGAGGCUAUACGAUGCGGCUACUGUAGCCUGCAUGGGCUGUGUGUAGCGGAUAUUUUACUGAUGGUGGUCCCAGGGAGAGGCAGUGAGGCUGGGAAGUCCGGGCAUCAGCUGAGCGGAUAGAGGAGUGUUAGCAAGCUAGCCUUUGUGAUCAGCUCAGUGACAUUUUGGUGAAAACACUACCUGGUUCGGCUCAGUCACCAUGGCCACGAACGAUAACAGUUCGACGCCUGGGAUGGGAGAGAUCAUCCAGCUAAAUGUCGGGGGGACAAGGUUCAGCACAUCCAGACAGACUCUGAUGUGGAUCCCAGACUCUUUCUUCUCAAGUUUACUGAGUGGGAGGAUUUCCACUCUGCGGGAUGAAACUGGAGCUAUAUUUAUUGACAGAGACCCUACAGCCUUUGCACCAAUUCUCAACUUUCUCCGAACCAAAGAACUGGACUUGCGAGGCGUCAAUAUCAGCGUCCUGCGCCACGAAGCAGAGUUUUAUGGGAUCACUCCUUUAGUGCGACGCCUGCUGUUAUGUGAGGAACUGGACCGCUCAUCAUGUGGCAGCGUUCUGUUCCAUGGUUACCUUCCUCCCCCGGUUGUCCCGGCUCGCAAGUCGGCACCUGCAGCUUCUGAUGAGCGACCGGGUCCGAGCGGCGCAGAGGGCUUCACCCGUGGGGUUCCCCUUCCUCAUCCUUCUCUGUCUGGAACAGACGACCCAGAAAAACUGGAUUCAAUGGUUGACCCCAGGAAAGUGCUGAUUAUAGCAGGACACCACAACUGGAUCGUUGCAGCUUAUGCACACUUUGUCAUCUGCUAUAGGAUAAAGGAAUCGUCUGGAUGGCAGCAGGUGUUUUCCUCUCCCUACCUUGACUGGACCAUUGAACGUAUAGCACUUAACGCUAAAGUGGUGGGUGGUCCACAUGGAGACAAGGACAAGAUGGUGGCCGCCGCCUCUGAAAGCAAGAUUAUCCUCUGGAGUAUCCAAGAUGGAGGCAGCGGAAAUGAAAUUGGUGUAUUCAGUCUCGGCGUUCCUGUUGAUGACCUCUUCUUCAUUGGCAACCAGCUGGUGGCGACAAGCCACACAGGAAAGGUUGGCGUGUGGAAUGCCGUCACUCAACACUGGCAGGUUCAGGAUGUAGUUCCCAUCACCAGCUGUGACACGGCCGGGUCCUUCCUGCUGCUGGGCUGCACCAACGGCUCCAUCUAUUAUAUAGACAUGCAGAAGUUUCCUCUGAGGAUGAAGGACAACGAUCUCUUAGUAACUGAGCUUUAUCACGACCCUUCAAACGAUGCCAUUACUGCACUGUCUGUGUACCUCACCCCUAAAACCAGUGUGAGUGGGAACUGGAUAGAGAUCGCCUAUGGGACGAGCAGCGGAGCAGUGAGGGUGAUCGUGCAGCACCCAGAGACCGUAGGAUCAGGUCCUCAGCUGUUUCAGACGUUCACUGUGCACAGAAGCCCAGUGACGAAGAUUAUGCUAUCUGAGAAACAUCUGGUGUCGGUGUGUGCGGAUAACAACCACGUUCGGACGUGGACGGUGACGCGGUUCAGAGGGAUGAUCUCCACUCAGCCAGGCUCCACACCUCUGGCUUCCUUUAAGAUCCUGUCCCUGGAAGAGACGGAGAGUCAUGGAAGCUACUGCUCUGGAAAUGAUAUAGGCCCGUUCGGAGAGAGAGAUGAUCAACAAGUUUUCAUCCAGAAAGUCAUCCCCAUCACCAACAAACUGUUUGUUAGGCUCUCCUCAACUGGAAAAAGGAUCUGUGAGGUGCAGUCUGUGGAUGGAACCACUAUCACUUGCUUCAUGGUUCGGGAGUGCGAGGGUUCCAGCCGGAUGGGGUCCCGACCGCGCCGCUAUUUGUUCACCGGUCACGGAAACGGCAGCAUUCAAAUGUGGGACCUCACCACUGCGAUGGACACAGCCAACAAAGGAGAAGAGAAGAAGAAAGAAGAUGUGGGUGGGCCAACAGAGGAGGAGCUGCUUCAGCUGCUGGACCAGUGUGACCUGAGUACCUCCCGCUGUGCCACCCCAAGCAUAAGCCCCGCCCCCUCUGUGUUGCACCACACACGCCUCAGAGAGUCUAUGUCAAGUUUGCAGCUGCAGGCCCAGGAAUCUAUUCCUGAGAGCCAGGUCACCUACGGAGCCGUGCGGCCCUACAGAGAGAGCCCCCUGCUGGCCCGGGCGCGGCGAACCGAAUCCUUCAACAGCUACAGAGACUUCCAGAACUUUAGCCUGAGUCAGACGUCCAACCCUGGACCUAGUCAGAUCCCAGACGCUCGGCGCUCGCUGUGUAACUUUGGGCCUGAGGACAGUGAGAGGAGCGCCUCGGUCAUGGAGCUCUGGGCUUCCCGCAACGCCGGAAACAUCUCAGCGAGUAAACCAGAAGUCAGUCAAGAAUCACCACAGCAACCUCCAGACAGCCCAGGUCCAGGAGCGGACGUGAGGCGAAAGGUGCACACUCAGCCAGAAGAAGGGGAUGCUGUUGGGUCGGGAGGAGAAGGGGUGAAGGGCGACGGCGCUGCAAGGAAAAGGAGCGUACUGGAGGGGGGCUUUCUGGGGCGGAAGAGGGCUCCUCCAGUUCCACAUCUCUCCUCUGGAUCUGAAGGUGGGGGCAGUGACUCAUCUGCAAACGCCUCGCCCUCGCCAACCAAACUGUCGUCCUCCACUUCGCCACGACACAGAAAGCUGCCAGCUGAGCCGUCCGGUCAUGACAGCAGCCUGUGACAUCAGUAAGGCUAGCCUGUCAGCGCUAAAUAUGAAGGCAAAGGAAGAACAUACAAUCAGCUGCAGCUAAAGUCACUUUUUUCUUACCUACAGGUGUGGCUCAUGAAGAAGCUGUAAGUCUCCAACACUAUCAGUAUAUUAUCUGUGAGAUGAAGUUGAACUUUCUUCUGUCUCGGUACGUUUUAAGUAGAUUUCAGGAUUCAGUCUUCUGUUUUCUCUUCCUGUGAGGUUGCUGCACUAAAAUCAACUUCAGGAGCAAAACUAAAGCACAAGGUCUCAGAUUAGGUCAAUCACCGGACGAGUAAAGCUAGUAAAACAGAAAUAAGCCCAAUAUUAGUAACCAUGUGUUAGAAUGAGGCGGAUGGUUACAAAAUCAAAUUGCCUAAAAUUUAGAAAUUAGCUUUUAAAAUAUUGAUGUACAUUCGCAAAAUAAAAGUAAAAAAUAUAUAAUUCACACAAAAACUUAAAUAUUUAUCCGAAAAAUCUUGACCAAUCAUACAAGAGCUUUGUCCUCCUAUCUCUGCAAUAAUAAUAAUCACAAUACUUUUUCAACAAUAGAGCUCAUAACUUUAUUGUGCAGUGGAUGUUCAUGUUACUUACCUAAAACAUGUCAUCCGGUCCAAAAUGUUGGCAGCUACUUCAAUCCUAGGAUACUUUCUUUACUGCAGCCAGAGUCAGAGGGGUUUACAUUAAAACAGCUGACAGCAGUUAAACUGUGCAGGUCGGGCAUGCAAUACAAGCUUCACUGCAAGGCAGCAGUGAGGUGAAGAGGCAGACUAGAAACACAGACUCUGGUGUUCAGAUGAAGGUCAUGGCCAAUGAUCAUGUGUGGUGACAUUCUGUAGAUGUGAAAUAUGCUUAAAUCUAGUCCGUUUUUGUCAUUAGUGUACCUUCACAUUAUAGCCUCCUCCUAAAUGGAAAAAGUAUAUUUUAACACGGUAAUUAAAUGUACAGCAGCUUGCAAAAGUAUUUCACAUUUUUUUCUCCCAGAAACAUAAAAAAUAUACCCACCGAGUUCAUUUAAAUAAGACUAAAAUUAGAUUUUUUUUACCUACAUGCGCUAGGUAUGGCAGAAAACUAACACUGCUCAUAACACGAACCAUCAUCACUGUGAAUCAGUGGUGGCAGCAUCAUGCUGCGGACACUUUUCUUCAUUAAGGACAGAGUUCAUGAGAAGAUGGUUGGAGCUAAUUACAGGAAAACUCUAGAAGAAAAUAAGACUUGAGACUGGACUGGAGGUUUUUCUCCCAGCAGAACAUCAACGCUAAACACACAGCCACAGUAAAAUAGAAACUUUCAGAUCAACGCAUUCAGAAAUGUUGAAAACUGUGUAUACCAAUAAAAAAUAAAUUGGUAUUUGUUGUAGCGUGACAAAAUGUGGAAACAAAAACACUUUUGGAAGGUACUGUACAUUUUAAAGCAGAGAUUUUGUGGCAUUUAGUCCUUAAAAAACAUUCACUAGAAAACCUUUCAGUGCCCAUUUCUGAGAAAAUGCUUUAGUAGAAUAAGUGCUUCUUUUCCCGCUUGAGAUUACCCCCCGCCCCUCCCAAAUCGUGCCUGUGAAAGAUCAUUUAUUAACACUAAUAACAUUUAUUAGUUUUAUUUUUUCAUACCUUACAUUAGAUCUAAUGAGAGGAUUUAUCAUACAUGCCCUCACUUUGACUCAUUUAAAAGAAAUGUUGAUAUGUCUUGUGUCAGAUGGCUGGUGUAGUGCCUUAUUUAACUUUUGUUGUGUUUUAAUGGAGAAAUCUAGCGACCAAAGGAUUGUGAAGAGGGAGAGCACUGUGUAGGAACAUAACGGACCUGCCUGAUCUGGCUUAGUUAAGGCCAGAUUAGAGUUAAUUAUGAACCACAAUGAGAAAAAUGAUGCAUUAGUGAAGGCUUUAAGUGCAUAAUUUGAUGCAAGUGUUGUAUGUUUAAGAUGCGAGUUUCUUUAACUACACCUAAAAACAUACCGGAGUGUGAAAAAAUGAAGCCUGAGAGAGAGCUGUGUAGCUUCGGUCAUGACUUGUACAAAGACACAUAAAUUUUGAUACACUAACAUUACAGUCAACCUGCAUAUUCAGAACAAAAUCCUAAAGAGGAUGCACUCAUUUAUUUUAUUGUAUAUUUAUACAUCAUGUAUACAUAAAAGGCCUGUAUUGAUGUAAUCACAUAUUGGACCUAAAUAUGUUUUUUUUCUUGAACUAUACAGUCUAAUAUUACAGUAAAUUUUGAGUGUUUAUUUUAGAUUUAAAAAUAUACAGUUUAAUGUGCAUUGUAGUGCAUAGGUGUUUGUUUACAGCAUGUUUUGUCUGUUGUCCAUCAACUCUUCUCUGGCUAUGUUUACGUUAUAUUACAGCCAGACUCUAACGAGCUAAAACACAUGCAUACCUGUUUAUUUAAGCUUCUUCAUGUGAUAUGUACUGAAUUUAGGAAAUGCUGCAAAAGGAGGUAAAAUAUUUAAAGCUCCAGUCUCAGAACUUUUCAUAAAUGAAGUUGACAUUGAUUCAGAGUUUGUGUAGUUUAGUUACAAUGAGUAGAGCGUUAUUUGUCUUUCCAAAACUGAUACUAGGCCUGGGCUGGUUAAUGUAACCUUUUGCGGUUCCUAUGUGCACAAAAAAGUGGUUCCUAAAAAUGGACAACAAUAUCUGAUUGUGUUUAUUUCAAACAGAAAAUCAAUGAUUAUGCCUGCCUAUGCAAACACACAUUUAAUAUUACACAUAUAAAAUAACUUGGUGCAGUUUCAUUUCUAUUUAAUUUAUUCAUACAGUGGCAAUUUAAACUCUAUCUCAAUGCACCUCACAAGAGAAAUACAGGUUAGGUAGAGAAAUGCAUAUAAUGUUCAGUCUUAGAGGUAUUCUAAGUUUUCUGUCCAAGGAAACAUUGCCAGUUGCAUAGUGUUAUUGACUUAAAAGCAGCCUCGCCUUCAGAGGAAGUAUAUGAUGAUAGCGGAUGUUUGACUGCAUCGAUAACUUUGCAGUUAUUCCUCAUACAGCAGGAAGGAGUGACUCCCUUCAAACAGGAAGAAGCAUCCAGCAGAACCACAUUCAGCAGGUCUAACUUGAGCUUUCCAACAGAGUAAGUUUUGGGAAAUUUAGAGGAAAUUGAUACUGAAAUCCUAACUUUUUAAAAACCUUAUCAUUAACCUGCCCAUGCCUACCUGAGGUUUGCAACAAUCCACUCUUAAACUGUAUUUCUUUUUAAAUACAAUGCAUUUCAUAUGUAUUCUGUAACACACUAUAUGAUAUAUUAGAAAUCCUAACAUUUCCAGGUCUUAUGUGCUUGACUGUGAAAAAGUAACCUUUUGAUGAGAUUAAUCCAAACAAGCUGAUGUUUUAAUGAUUUAUUUUGAUGUAUUUAAAGCUGACUUCAGCAAUAGAAAAGCCACAGUGAAGAGUAAGAGAUGAGUUUUAUUGCAUGCUUCAUUUAGACACUGUGCAAAAGCAAAAAUGUUUUGUUUUAAGCAUCAGAGGUGUGUUUUUCCCCCCAUAGCUCUGAUUUCACUAACCUUCCCGUCAGACAGUCUCUUAGAUGGCGUCUGUCGUCAUUGUGAUUUAUGAGUUUAAUAAAAGCCUCUGUGUGUGUGUGUGUGUGUGUGUAGCUCAGGGCCAUACUGUCCCUUACAAUCACUCCACAAACUCUUUUUACAGCCUCCCCCCUCCCUCUGUGGCUGACAAUAGCUGUGAAUGCGGCUGCGAACGCUUCAGAAGUGCCCUUGUCAGAUUGGCGUCCUUGAGCGGGGGGGCUCAGUUGUUACUGCCAGUUUGUUAAUUUUAAACUUGCCUAGAUGUCCCCUUAAGGGACACGGCGGCAAAAGUAAAUUACGGCAGCAUAGUUUUGAUGGAGACAGUGGCACUGGUGUGGCCGUGCGUGUGUGUGGUGACUAAGGCGUUGUACAGCUGUUGGCAUAUCUGUGUUGUAGGAACUCAGCAGAAAGUGCAAAAACAGGAUAAAAACAUGAAGUUUAGGUAAAGCUGCUUCAUUAGUGCAGAAACAGGUGGGGGGUUAGAAGCAUUUGAUAGGUCUGUGUUCACAAAGUUACUCUCUUUAUCAUCCCUCACCCCUCUUGACAUCAGCAUAUGGAUUUAAAAAAAUAUGUUCAAAGUAUUUGGAUUUCAUGUUGUUUAAAUGAACAAGACAACAUUAACCUAAUGAAAUGGAACAAACUUUUACGUUUGUCAAGUGAUGUUUUCUUUUGCCUUUUAUUCUAAAUCUUUUUUUUUUUAUUUAAACAUUGGUCUGGUACAUUUGUACAUCUUUUGUUGACUUGCUGCUUUCAAAUACUGACAUUUCACUUCACAGUGGAGUAAAAAAAUAUGAAACUGUU